AAUACAAUAUUAAUGUUUUCAAAUACAAACUCAUAAUUCCAAAAUCCUCAAUAACCCUAAUAUGGUGGCUAUAGUUAAACAGUUCCGAUAAGUAAGCGAUAUGAAUAUAGUAGUAAAUUAAUCAUAGGUGGGGAAACCAGUGUAUCAGCCUCAAUAGCCUUAGCCGAUGGAAGUAGAAAUGAAAAUAUACAGGGGAUAGAAUCAGGCUUCCGAGAUGUAGGUUCAUAAUCCAUAACCCAUAAAAUAAAAUACAUCUUAAAUUGUAGUGCAGAAUCAGUUUCACGAUUAGUCUUCGGUGAAAUAAAAUUAGAAAGUGUCUUAUGUAAUAUAUUUGAAUUUAAUAUGAUUAGUUAAUAGAUUGGGUAAUGUACUUUUUGCCAAUAGCAUUCAUCAUAUUAAUUUUGAUUGUUAUGUCAUGCAUGGUUGGUGCAAAGAUAAAGCAUUUUAAUCCCGAAGGAGCACAUAACACAUUAUCAACUUUGAAAGAUAACUUAUCAAAGAAUCCAAUUGAAGAUAUAGUAGAAGGUAGUGAAGUAGCAUCACAUGCAACAAUGAUAGAUUAUUUCAGACACAAGGAUGUCACAUGUCCUGAUGGUUAUGAAACAGCACAAAUAGGGAAAUGGGAUGGAGUUAAGUCUGGUUGCUUAUGUGAAAAUGGAGAGACCAGUCAUUCUACUACAUGUUUUUAUAAAUCAUCAUGCAAAAGAGUGAAAUCUCAUGAUUCUGUAGAUCUCAAGAUUUGGUAAUAGAAGAGCUUCUGCAUUAAAAAGUAUGAGGAUUGGCAUCAUCUAACUGGAGUCGCUUGUGAUAAUGGAUAUAAGUUAUGUGGAGAUAUUUGUGUGCCUAUGACUAGAGGAUGUCCAUUGUCCAAUCUGGUGAAAGAUAAUAGUAGAUAAAACGAUGAACAUGCUAUAAAAAUAGGCAGUGAUCAUUUCAUUAAGAAAUUUGAAGAUUCUGAGCCAGUCGUAGAUUUAGAAUUGGUUCCUGGAUUGGGUUAGAGUGGAUCAUCGCCAUGUUAUAAUCAUGAGUUGAAUCCAAAGUUUUAAUCAGAAAAAUAUUAUCCAUUUGCAAAAAGAGCUGAGAAAGGGUGUGAUCAGUAUUUGGAUCUUCAGAGUCAUAGAACUACUUUGAAUACUUUUGAGAUUCACAAAGUAUUUGAACAGAAUGACUUAAAUGAUGUUCUGAAUCAAUUGCCAUUUUAUCAAAGUUACAUGAGUAAUGAGGAUACUUAUGCAUUUGAAUUAAUCAAGAGAAUUAAAAUAAAUUCGAUUCAGGAUUGUUAAAAACUUAAACCAAAUCAAGUAGAUAAGAUUUCAUCAAGUAGCAAAAGUGUUUAUCACGCUGAAUCAUAUCUCUCUUUCAUAAUUUUAUUGAUUGCAGCAAUAGUUCUAUUUUUGGUGCCAAUUCUAUAUCUAAUUAGGAAUAGAGUAUUAAUAUUACAUAUCUGUAUAGGUAUUUGAAUGGAAGGAUAUGACAGAAUUCAGAUAACCAAGAUUUUUCUGCGGUAGUGCUGCUGUUAUUGCAACACUCUGUAUAAUAUUAGGAGCUAUCUAUUUGUAUCAUGUAGAUGGGAAUGUAAUUUAAUCAAUUUUAAUUUCAGGAUGGAUUAAAGGAACAUAACCGUAUGUUCUAGACAUAUUUAGAAAAGAGUUGCUUCUAGGAUUAAGGAUUGAUAUUGGUAUGAAUGAAUUAAUUAAUUUAUAGGCUGUUGACUAAGUUAAUACUUUUGCAAAGAAUGUGUAUCACUCUACUUAUAGUUAUGUGAUAUUUACGUUUUAUGGAAGUAUUUGCUAUUUUGUGAUCUUGGCUCUGUUAAUGAUUUAUUAAUUCUGGUAACAUAAAAGUAAUUUUGAAAAUCCUUGGUAGUACAGAAUCUAGAAACAAUAUUAUGAAUUUUAUUGAGAC